AUGAAGAGGGAAGCGUCUUCCCUGAAGAAGGAGAUCAAAUUACUUGAAUCAAAGAUGAAAAAACUAGAGGAUCAGGCUGAGGCGGCUACUAAGGCCCAGCAGAUGGCUGAAGAGAAAGCAGAGUCUGCUGAGGCUAUCCGAAAAGUAGCUGAAGCUGAGAAGAAAGAGGCCGAGGUAAAAAAGGCCCAGGCUGAGAAGGAGCUCCAGCAGGCUUUGGCCACCAAGGAGGCCGAAGUCAAAGAGGCUGAUGAAAAGGCCUACGCCCAGGGUAUGGCCGACCUUGAUCUCCCUGUUGACUCGCCCUUUCGUAAUGCCGAUGCCAUUCCUUUACCAUUUCCUCCUCCAAGUCAGGUUGAAGACGAAUCAGAGACUGAGGCUGAUGCCGAGGAUGAGGAUGAUGAGAAAAAUGAUGAUGAGGCCUUGGGUGAUGAGGUUGGGGAGGUACCCAAGGAAAUUGCCAUCGGUCAACUAUUGUCCGACCUUCUAUUGGCUGAAAGAAAUCUGGACAAAACGCUGGCUGAGAUUGAUGCCGAGAUUGAGGCAGAAAAGGUUGCCGAGGAGCUUCCACCAGAGUCUUCCGAGGUCCUAGCCCCUCCAGCUGCUAAUGCUGAAGAGUCCUGA